AUGGCAACAAUACCGGAGGUUUUACCACUGGAGAUCAUAGACAAGACCAUAAACCAGCCGGUAUGGAUUGUUCUGCAGUCUAACAGAGAGUUCACCGGAACGUUGAUCGGGUUCGAUGAUUUUGUUAACGUUAUCAUAGAGGAUGCGGUGGAGUGGGUUUACAACAGCCAGUUCGAGGACGAGAAAAUCAUGGAGCACCACGGAAGAAUGCUAUUGAGCGGUAAUAACAUUGCAAUGCUGGUACCUGGUGGGAGAAGUUGA